AUAUCAUCGCAUUCAGUUCGUGCACAUUGGCCAAGGAUUUAACAUCGUUUACUUGCAAUAGCAUCAGAGUGUUAUCAUAGAAGAAGAAGUUUGAAAAGUGAAUUCGCGCCGGGAAACAAGAAUAUUUUCUAUUUUAAAACUUAUAUACAAAGUGUUGCAAAGUGAUUUAUUUUUCUUAAUAAAAGCAAACAAAUUGCAAAAGUUUUGUGACACAAGUGAUUUGAAGUGAAUUAAAAAGCAAGAAAAAAAAGUAAUAAUAGAAAAAAUAAGAAAAACACUUUGCAAGGAUUCUUCAAGGAUGCAGUACAACAGCUUUGGAUUGGUGUGCAAUAGGAGGACAUUACUCAAGUUAUGGGUCUUCCUUUGCAUGCUUUUCAGUGCAGUUCAACCACAGAAUACAGACGAUGGAACCAUAUCACCAUGCGAGUUGGAAUCCAUAAUCAAUCAGUUGACGAAUCCAAGUCCCGAGUAUCAAUUACACGUCUCCGCUUUACGCAAUCAAUUGAAGAACCUCAUUCGAAGCAGCCAAACCCCAACGACUAAUCAACUGAAUCUCGACGAUUAUGACUUUACAGAGGACGACAAACGUUCAAUUGCAUCUUUGGCCUCAAUUGGACAAGGCUACAUGAACAGACCCUACAUGCCGAAACGUAGUUUGGCAACCCUGGCCAAGAAUGGACAACUCCCUACCCCCGAACCCGAUGAAGCAGAUUUCCAAACCAAUCGAUGGCAGAACAAAAGGUACCUCGGAGCAUUGGCUCGGGGUGGUGGUGUUCGUUUCAAUGGCAAACGUAAUAUUGGUGCACUGGCUCGUGAUUAUCAGCUUCCAGGGAAUGGCAAACGAAAUUUAGCUACCAUGGCGCGAUUGGGAUUACUUUCACCCGGAAACAUGGCAUACAACCCAAAACGUAAUUUAGCUUCUAUAGCUAGGUAUAACUCUGGGUUCCGUGGUGCAGCGGAGAAGAGGAAUCUUGGAGCAUUAAAGGGAUCCCCAGUACAUGGCAACCAUCAGAAAAAGGACACUACUGAACAGGAAGCUUUGGCUGAUUUAAUUCAACGCGAUAUAAUGGACUAUGCUGAACAACCAAAUGAAUUGUAUCCUUCGUAUGACGAUUAUACAGAUAAUAUGGAGAAACGUUUUCUAGCGACAGGAUUCGGUCAGUUGGAAUCAAUUGACAAUAAUGAUGCAGCAGAAAUUGAUGAUUCUGCAUCCUCUGAGCAGUCUGCAUUAUCAUCAUCUUCAUCAUCAGCAUCAUCAUCACCAGCAGAAUCAUCCUCAUCUAGCACAAUGACAGCGCCAAUAUCAACAAGUAAAAGACACAUCGGAGCUUUAGCACGCUCAGGAUGGUUGCCAGCUGGAUUCCGUUCCGUUCGAAGCGGUCGUUUUAGUCGUUCCGGACGUGCCAGGCAAAUAGUCGAGUACUACCCCCAACCAGAGCUACUUCGACAACCAACCGCAGCCGUUUGUAGACGCUGUUACCUACCAUACAAGCCAAUUGUGAGUUGGGGUGGCCAUGGCUAUCAAACAACAACAUGGGGCACACCUCCAAGAGUAACUCAAUAUAGAAGAAGUUUUCGACAGCCGGCAACAUACAGAUUUUAAAAUCAUAUUUAAACUCAAAAUAUCAAACAAAAAAUUAAAAAAAAAAAAAAAAUAUCUUAAAACUUAUA